AUGUACGCCAGCAAGUUCCCCGAAGUGGACGACUUGGUGAUGGUCAACGUCCGUCAGAUUGCUGAGAUGGGCGCAUAUGUGCAGCUAUUGGAGUACGACAACAUUGAGGGGAUGAUCCUGUUGAGUGAGCUGUCCCGUCGUCGCAUUCGGUCCAUCCAGAAGCUGAUUCGUGUUGGCAAGAAUGAGGUUGUUGUUGUCUUGCGUGUUGAUAAGGAGAAGGGAUACAUUGAUCUCUCGAAGCGUCGUGUGUCGGCUACGGAUAUUGUCAAGUGCGAGGAGCGUUAUAACAAAUCAAAGGCUGUCCACUCGAUCAUGUCGACGGUCGCCAAGAAAGAGAACAAGGAUCUGGAGGUUCUCUACGAGCAGUUGGCGUGGCCCUUGUACGCCAAGUACGGACACGCCUACGAUGCCUUCAAGGCAGCCCUCAACGAGUCUGAGAAGGUCUUUGAGGGAUUGGAGAUUGAAGAGGCUACCAGGGAGGAGCUGUUGAACAACAUUAAGCGCCGCUUGACGCCACAACCUAUCAAGAUCCGUGCAGACAUUGAGGUGACUUGCUUCGACUAUGAGGGCAUUGACGCGAUCAAGACUGCUUUCAGGGAGGCCGAGGCCGUUUCCUUGCCCGAGGUCGCUAUCCGCGUCAAGUUGGUCGCUCCUCCUCUGUAUGUCAUGAUCACCAACGCCCUCGACAAGCAGCUCGGAAUUGAGACCAUGGAGAAGGCUAUCGCCAUCCUCGAGGAGAGCAUUAAGAAGAGCCACGGCAACAUGGUUACCAAGAUGAGCCCCAAGGCAGUUACGGAGGCAGACGAUAUGGAGCUCGACCAGUUGUUGGCAAGAAUCGACAAGGAGAACGCAGAAGUUUCUGGAGACGACGAUGACUCUGAUUCUGACGCCGAUGUCUAA